GUCAUUAUAGCGAUUACUAGUCACACGCCAUAGAAAAACCUUUUUUUUAUUAUUAAGCACCGUAUACUCGUACUGGUUGGCGAUAUUUUUAGCACAUACUUACAUAUCAUAUCAGUUUCCCAAUCAUAACGGUAAUGUAAAUCUAAUUUGUUUCCCAAUCUAAUGUUUAAGCAGUGAUUUCGAUUUGUUUUUCUUAGUGUGUUUUCUCGUGAUAAUUUUUUGAUAAAAAUUAUUGGAAAAAAAAUUAUUACGAACUGUUGUGCAAUUCAUUGAAACUGUUUGAUCCCACGUGGGUGGUGGGGAAGUUUACUUGGAACAGCUGCCGCUUUUUCGCAUUUCGUGUGUGUGUACAGUGUACAUAGAUAAAGAAUAUAUGUUGGGUUACAGUGUAUGAAUGCCGGUUUGAUGAGGAAUAGGUGAUACACAAAAUGGAGGAUUACAAAGAGGCCGAAGCGAGGAAAAACAGCAAAAAGACACACCCAUUUCGUACUGCCAAUAUAUUUUCGAAAAUAUUUUUCACAUGGUUGUUUCCACUAUUCCGAAAAGGUUUCAAAAAAGAAUUACUCGCUGACGACCUCUUUCCACCUUUACCCUCGCACGAAUCCACCUAUUUAGGAGACAGACUAGAGAAACAGUGGUUAAGGCAACUAAAAACACGACCGAAUAACCCUUCGCUAUGGAGGGCAAUCGCCAGGGUGUUCGGAAAAGAAUUUAUUAUAUUAGGGUUAUGUUAUUUAUUUUGUGAGUUAUUUGCAAGACUGAGCCAACCGUUCUUCCUAUCCAAACUCCUGGAAUACUAUGAACCAGGAUCCAAUAUGCCCAAGCAAGAAGCCUUUUUGUAUGCGGGUGCCAUUGCUGUUUCCACGUUCGUCUCUCAAGCCUUCAUCCAUAAUUUUAUGCUUAACAACUUCCAUUUGGGGAUGAAAAUUCGGGUGGCAACUUCAGCCCUAAUUUACCGAAAAGCCCUUAAGUUAAGCAAGGCCGCCCUAGUGGAAACCACCGUGGGGCAAAUGGUAAAUCUGAUCUCCAAUGAUGUCGGGAGAUUUGAACUGGCUACCACACAUAUCCACAGUUUAUGGAUGGCACCGGUUGAACUUACAGUGGUGUUGGUUUUAAUUUAUUUCAGUUCGGGACCCACUGGAAUGAUUGGGGUGAUAGCGCUGAUUCUGUUCGUUCCACUACAAAUGUGGUUGGGCAAAAAGACUUCAGAGUUCCGCUUAGCCACUGCCCUAAGAACAGACGAAAGAAUCCGACUCAUGAACGAAAUCAUAUCCGGAAUCCAAGUAAUUAAAAUGUACACAUGGGAGAAACCGUUUGCUAAGCUCGUAGAAUUUACUCGCAGGCGAGAAAUUGCCCAAAUCAAAAAAAUCUCUAUAAUUAGAGCCAUCAUGAUGUCCCUUAAUCUCUUCCUAACAAGAACAGCCAUCUAUACGUGUAUCGUUGUUUACAUAUUGACUGGCAAUGGGGUUUUAACAGCUCAAUAUGUAUAUGUACUACAAUCUUUAUAUGCAAUCCUGAGGUACUCGGUGACAAUGUUCUUCCCUCAAGGAGUAACUCAGGUGGCCGAAGCCAACAUAUCAGUAAAACGUAUCAAGAAGUUUUUGAUGUAUGAGGAAGUGGAUUUUGAUUCCAGUGCGACGUUUUAUAAUGCUUUGGAAUCUAAGGAGGAUAUUAAGAAUGUUAAGAAUGGAGGGCCUAAGUUGGAUGGACCUAUAGGCAUUAGUAUCAAAGAUGCAUCAUUCAAAUGGAUUAAAAGCCAAUCAGAACCAACCCUUGAAAACAUCAAUCUGCAAGUCUCUAAUGAAAACUUAGCGGUAAUCAUUGGACCUGUAGGGAGUGGCAAAACGACUUUACUCCACGCCAUACUGGGCGAACUAACCUCAACCUCAGGAUCUAUAAAAGUAACCGGGAAAAUCUCGUAUGCCUCACAGGAGCCGUGGUUGUUCGUAGGAAGUGUGAGGCAAAACAUCACUUUUGGUCAACCGUUCGACGCCAGACGUUACCACGAGGUGGUGAGGGUCUGUCAGUUACAAAGGGAUUUCACUCUUUUCCCUCACGGAGAUCGUACGAUUGUGGGAGAGAGAGGGGUGUCUCUUAGUGGUGGACAAAGGGCGAGAAUUAAUUUGGCUAGAGCUGUCUAUAAACAAGCUGAUAUAUACUUGUUGGAUGAUCCCUUGUCUGCUGUAGAUGCCCAUGUUGGAAAAGAGAUGUUUGAGGAGUGUAUUACUGGUUACCUUAAAAACAAAUGCGUGGUACUGGUAACCCAUCAACUGCAGUACCUAAAAUACGUAGAGAACAUUUACUUGUUAGGCCACGGUUCCAUCGAACAUAGCGGAAGCUAUGACGAGAUCCAGAGGGCCGGCAAUAAUUUUGCCCAACUCCUACAGGAUCUUAAAGACAUUAUGGAUGAUCAGGAGGUGGAAGAGGUGGAGGAGGUUAUUGGGGAGGUGAUGCCUGUGAAGAGGAUAAGACGUGUAUCUACUAAGGAGGUUAUACCUAAAGAAGAUGAUAAGGAUCCUGAAGUAGUUAAAGAGAACAAGGAGAGUGGUAAACUAGACUGGGAGGUAUAUAAGUCGUAUUUUGUUUCUGGAGGUCACUGGUGUAAGAUCCUGACCUUGUUUGUCAUUUUUGUGUUUACACAAGCGUUGGCUAGUGGCAUGGACUACUUCUUAAAUAUUUGGGUCAACAUGAACCAGUUAGAAGCCAAAAUGAAUAUUACGCAAACAGAUACGACUUCAGCAACUAUUCCAGUGCUAAAUCUCACUGAUACUUUCCCAGAAACCUCAAUAAAUGAUAGCGAUAUCCCACUUUGGUUGAAUACCACUGAUUCCACAAUACAGCUUUCACCAUUCCAAGAAUUCUGGAUAAAAUACAUUGACAAAGACAUAUUGGUUAUGGCGUACAGUGGCUUAAUAUUUAUGUUAAUUGUGCUUACCAUUGGGAGAUCUUUGGCAUUCUACAGAUUUUGCAAUAAGGCCUCUAUAAGGCUCCAUAAUAAUAUGUUUUAUAAAAUAGUGUAUGCCCCUAUGAGGUUUUUUAAUACCAACCCUUCUGGUAGGAUAUUGAAUCGAUUCUCUAAGGAUAUGAACCAGGUGGAUGAGAUUUUACCUUUAACUUUACUGGAUACUUUACAAAUUUCCUUGACGGUUAUAGCCAUAACCACUGUGGUGGCCACAGUAAACGUUUGGAUGCUAUUGCCGACCCUAAUCAUGCUCACCAUCUUCUACCUGAUUAAAGUGGUCUUUUUGGCAACCAGCAGAGACAUUAAGAGAUUAGAAGGAAUAGCUCGUAGUCCAGUUUACUCGCAUUUAACCGCAUCACUGCAAGGCCUCACUACUAUCAGGGCAUUUGGCGCUCAAGAAAUCUUAAAAGUGGAAUUCGAUAAUUACCAAGACACCUACAGUUCCGCCUGUUUUAUGUUUUUGAGUGCCAAUAGGACGUUUGGUUUCUGGCUGGAUAUGCACUGUGUGAUAUUCAUUAUUUUGGUCACCAUGGGUUUCCUUUUGAUGGAUACUGACACGUUGGGCGGUAACGUAGGUUUGGGCAUCACCCAAGCGAUGAAUUUAACCGGGAUGUUCCAGUGGGGCAUGCGUCAAUGGAGCGAGCUAGAAAACAGCAUGACGUGUGUGGAACGUAUCAAAGAAUACGCUGACGUGAAGCCAGAAGAGAAUACAAACACCAAGGAGCCUCCGAAAUCUUGGCCCGAAAGGGGAGACCUGACCUUUGAUAGACUGAGUCUCAGAUAUGCUAAGGAGGAGCCAUGUGUCUUAAAAGAGUUGACCUUCCAAGUGAGAGGGAAUGAGAAAGUUGGUAUAGUAGGACGUACUGGGGCUGGAAAGUCGUCUAUUAUUAUGGCACUGUUCAGACUGGCUAUAAAUGAAGGGAAAAUUCUGAUCGAUGGAGUUGAUGCCGGUAGUGUUCCAUUUACAAGGUUGAGAUCCAGUUUAUCGAUUAUUCCUCAGGAACCUGUUUUGUUUUCGGGUACUCUUAGGAAGAAUUUGGAUCCUUUUGAUGAAUAUACUGAUGAGGCCCUCUGGAACGCCUUAGAAGAGGUAGAACUGAAACCUGCUGUAUCCGAACUACCCCAGGGCCUCGAAAGUAAAAUGUCCGAGGGAGGAUCGAACUUUAGCGUGGGCCAAAGGCAACUCGUGUGCCUUGCCAGGGCCAUAGUAAGGAAAAAUAAAAUUUUAGUUCUGGAUGAGGCGACUGCCAACGUGGAUCCGCACACAGAUACUUUGAUCCAAAAAACGAUUAGAAGCAAAUUUUCGCAUUGCACUGUGCUUACUAUAGCCCAUAGAUUGCACACCAUUAUGGAUUCUGAUAAGGUAUUAGUGAUGGAUGCUGGACGGGUUGUGGAGUUCGGACAUCCCCAUGAGCUUUUGCAAAAGAAAGAGGGUGGGGCGUUUUAUGAGUUAGUGCAGCAGACUGGGAAAGCGAUGGCUGAGAAUCUUAGCACUAUUGCUGAUGAGAGUUUCAGAAAAAUUUUACCUGAAGAGGCAGAAGAUAAGAGUGAAUAAGAGUACAUGUAUCCUCGCAAGAAAGCAUUUAAUGUGAUAUUUUUAAUAAUUAGGUCUGUCCACUUAUGAAAUCAAAUCAACUCAUCCGAACUGAAUAAUUAAUUUACAUGAAAUGAAAAAUAGGUAUUUUUAUAUUUACAGGUUUUAUAUUUAUUUUCUAUAUGUAUUAAUGUACUUAAUUGUAAGCACUGUCUUAGACAUCACCGAGAAAUAUGAAUAUUUGUUUUUUAAA